UCUCUGAAACCAGGCGUCACUCUCGCUGUGAGGAGCUAUGUAAAGUUCGGGCUGAUUCAACAACAUCAGUGUGUCGGCGACUUGGCGAGACUCAUUUCAGGAUGACUUCAGUUAUUUCUAAAUUUGUCAUCAAGACCCUGUGCGACCACCAGGGAUGUUUGGACUUCCGGAUCCUGAACGAGAAGAUCGCACAGAGUUUCACUGUUGCGGCACCAGUCCUGCGGAGUGUCCUCUUCGACGACGGUAAAAUAGCCAUUCAAGAAGGCAGACAGACGGUCGUCAGUAGUCAAAUAAUCAGGCCGGACAGUCUGAUAGUGGCUAAAACCAGUCUGCGUCUUUGUCAGAAAAAACCCGGAGAGUGUCCAAAGUGCGAUGGGUUACACCUGUGCAGGUAUUAUGUCUGCGGAAAUUGUACGUUCGGACUCAAGUGUAAAAAUCCCCAUAGCUUGGCUUUUCCACACAAUGCAGAGCUUUUGAAAAGAUAUGGUCUUCACGAUUUGACUCAGAAACAGCUGUUCCAGCUGUUACUGCAGAAUGAUCCAUAUCUGCUUCCUGAGAUCUGCCCACAUUACAACAAGGGCAACGGUGUGCACGGUGUCUGCAAGUUCACCACUUCCUGCACCAAGCUUCACGUCUGCCAGCACUAUUUCCAGGGUGACUGUAAGUUUGGCUCUUCGUGCAAGAGGAACCAUAAUGUUGAUGCACUUGGAACAAAGAUUUUCCGAGGAUUCAGUCAGGAGAAUAUUACAAACCUGCUUCAGAUCUACAGCAAUAAAUUCAUCAUCAUGGGUCCACAGGAGAGACAAACUACUGCUGUUCCCGCGCUGCCAGCGCUGAGAACCCCCACAAUGCAGCCUUCCCACAACAACCCCGAAUCACCUACUAGUUCUGCUUGUUCAUCUAAACUGAUGAGCGAUGCUGAAAGGAAUGAAAUAUGCCUCUUCUUCCUUCGCAGACACUGCAGCUUCAAAGACAAGUGUGCUCGUGUCCAUUGGCACCUGCCUUACAGAUGGCAGGUGUUAAACAGUGAUGGCGUGACCUGGAAGGACCUGGCUAAUAGUGAAGAUGUUGAGAAGGCCUACUGUGACCCACAACAUGACACAAGCUGUGUCGAUCCACCAGCGCCCACUUUAGGGAUUUUUAGAUUUCUGUCUUUAACAAGCUCCGCACCCCCCGCUGGGCCGUCAGUUGACUUCAUGACAAUGACAUAUGGAGGGUAUCCAGUUCGUCGCCUGUCCACCGCCUCCUCUGUCUCAAAGCCCCCUCACUUCAUUCUAACAACACAGUGGCUUUGGUACUGGCAGGAUGAGGGCGGGAAAUGGCUGGAGUAUGGACAGGCUGAUGGGGACAUCACUUCUCAAACUCUGGAGAAUGUGUACCUGGCAGACAGAGAUACAGAGAUUCCUUUUGGUGCUGGCAAACACCAGUAUGUCCUUCACUUCAAAGGUGCGGCAGGAACACCGCAGAUGUAUCAGCAGAAUGUGAAAUACACAACCAUGAGAGAGGUCAAAAGGAGGCCUUGCUUUGUUUCUGCUCAUGACGUGGAGGUGAAGCUGAAGAGUGCAUCAUCACACAGCUCCAGCGCCUCCACAGCUGAAAGUUUCCCACCCAACUGGGACAUGACUGCCCAACCGGAUUUUAGAUCCAAGCUCGUGCUUCUCUCCAAACCUGCCAAGGAGUAUAAUUUGAUUGAGACGCUGUUUAAGCGCACCAUGCCCCGGAGUAAGAUCAACAAAAUCCAGAGGAUCCAGAACACCUCUCUGUGGAAAGUCUUUCAGUGGCAGAAAGAGCAGAUGAAGGAGAGGAACGGACAGAAAACUGUGAAUGAGAAGUACUUGUUCCACGGGACGGAUGAAACCCUGAUUGAGGCCAUCUGUGAGCAAAACUUUGACUGGAGGAUGUGUGGCGUCCAUGGCACGUCAUACGGCAAAGGGAGCUACUUUGCCAGAGAUGCGUCCUACUCAGACAGAUAUGCCCAAAUCAAAAGUAGUGUGAACAAGAUCAUGUUUGUUGCUCUGGUCCUGGUGGGGGAGUUCACCAAGGGAAAGGGGACCUAUGUCCGGCCCCCAGCGAAAGAAAACGGCAAAACCCUCUACGACAGUUGUGUUGACAGCACGAGCGACCCCAGCAUCUACGUUGUGUUUGAAAAACAACAGAUUUAUCCAGAGUAUAUUAUUGACUACUCGUGAGUCCCAGUGCUGUUUUCCUUUGCUGAAGAUUUGUCAGGGGUAAAACUGUAUAAUGGGACACUAUGCACUCUGUACUUUUAUUGUAAGCAGUUAGUGGCUUUUGUCAAAGGUUUGUAGUGGAAGUAGUCUUUAAAAGUUAUAAUGCCACAAUGUAACGGUACAAAGAAGAAAAAAAAGUUUGGCAUUCAAAAUCCAUUUUAUUAACCGAUAAUGUUCUGAAGAGUAGCGGUGUAAAGUUAGAGCAAAUGGAAAUAAUCAAUGGGAUCUUUCUGUGAUUAUUAGUGUUUCCCGAACAACUUAUGUUUAAAAAAUAAAAACCAUACCUAUAGAUCGUGUGCAUGUGACGAAACCACUUCUUCCACUCUAAAAAUAGCAGCUUUCAUUUGAGGAGAUGCAAAAACAUGACCGCAUUGUGUUAGGCAUCAUGAAACACAGUCUUUAGUAUAUUCAAACAUAAUCAGUAACACCUAAAGUACAUAGUGUAUCUCUGUCUAUGUAAAUGUUGGACAUCUGUGAGGUGUUAAUUAUCUAGUUAUUGAACCACCGUACACGGAGGAAGCAGAAGCCAGCAGCUCAGUUAAACUGCAGAAUGCCCUUUUGGUGACGGAGUGGGCAAACUGUCUCGUUCAGAUGACAGCUCUGUGGCAUUUGGGAUUUCUGGCUGAACUAGUUAUACAGGCUCACGUCCUUCUCUUGUACUACACUGUACAGGAUUACAUUUCUGCUCAUUGAAUACAGCAGUAACUGGUGGCCACCAUAAAGGCAGUUCCAAUAUUUAAAUGCACUUACAAAUGAAUAAAGAAAUAUUGUUUUCCACAGUGCAAGAAAGAAAAGAAUAUAAUGACCUGGUUGAAGUGAAUUUAUUAUGUUCCAAAAAGCUGCCUACCCCAGCUUUAAGUCGAGCACAUUUGUAUUGCUUAAUUUGAUCCUCUCUGUUUUUACUCGCAUCCCGUCUUCAGUCCACUUUGUAGUUCAUAGUUCAUAGUUCAUAGUUCUAGCGCUAUAAUCGAGGUAUAUAGUGUAUUGUAACUUAUAAUUUACUUCAUGUUAUGGUUACCUAUGAAAAUAACUGUGUAAAUGUGAGACAACAUGGACCUGUAGAAUGCUUUGUAACUCUUCAUAGGUUUUUUCCACAAAUCCAUGAGGCUGAACCGUUUCUAAUAGUCUGGUGGAGAGUUCACUCGACCUUCUCCCGUGUCUCUUCUUUGAAUUUUCACAAAUAUGCCGUUUUUAGGUCCCAGAGUGCUCGACGACUUUAAUUCAAGAGGAACCUGCACACAGAAAUGAAUACCAUAUGUAAAAGAAACAUCUUUUCCGCAUGGUUUCUAAAUGUAGGAGUAUGUUCGUAACCACAGAUGGCAAAAGCUGAUGGAUUCAUACUGAAUUCUGACUAUUACAUCAUUAGUCAUUACAGCAAUCUCAAAUGUCUAAGAAGCAUAAAUAUUAUUAUAAAUGUUGCCAAGGGGAUGAUGUUAUAGUUAUUUUCAAUUAUUAUUAGUUUUAGUUGAUAGUUUUUAACAGAUUGUUGUCUUUAGUGUUUAAAGUGUGAUUAAAGUGUCCGACCCACCUUAGUCUCAGAGCAGGCCACGAGGCUGAACCUACGGAACAGACGCACUAGCGCCAUUUUGAUUUCCAGUUGGGCGAGCCUCAUUCCAACACAGUUACGUGGCCCGGCUCCAAACGGCAGGUAUACAAAUGGAUGUCGAUCGGCCUUGGCCUCUGGUGUGAAUCUGGAGAUCAACCACAAGUUAUAUGUUUUGGAUGAAUUAAAAGCAGUAGAAAAUAGGAGUCAAUAAAAAACUGUUUUGUUUAAUUUUA